AUGGACAACGAGCGGAACCCUCAACAGCAGCAACAACAAUACGUAGUAGAAACUACGAAAGAAGUAGAAGAGAUAACUUCCAAGAACUUCUUAAAUAGCAUGUCGUAUCAAUUGUAUAGAAAUACAACUUUGGGUAAUACAUUACAGGAAAGUCUGGACGAACUGAUUCAGUAUGGGCAAAUAACUCCCCAACUUGCCAUUAAAGUACUAUUGCAGUUUGAUAGAGCCAUUAAUAAUGCUUUGGCUACCAGAGUGAAAUCAAGAUUAACCUUUAAGGCUGGAAAACUGAACACCUACCGAUUUUGUGAUAAUGUGUGGACUUUUAUGCUGAAUGAUGUUGAGUUUCGUGAAAUGAAUGAUUUUGCCAAAGUGGACAAAGUGAAGAUUGUAGCAUGUGAUGGCAAAAAUGUUGCUGAAGAAACAAGUCAAAGACGAUGAUUCUUUUUCAUUAGAAAGCAUGAAAUUUCUUACAUUUUGUAAGAUACAUUAUUUUCUGAUUGGCUUUGAAAUGUUGCAGAAAGAAAAUAAAAGUAUGAUGUGUAUUGUUCUUUAUGUUCUUCCAGUUCUUUGUUUUAAUGCCAUACCUUAUCAAUAAAGUUAUGUAACAAUGAUUUUUUAUUAUAUAUUUUCUUGCAUAUUCCUGAGUAGAGUAUUUCUUCCAUAUUUAUCCAUAGGUUUAUAAACUCAAGUGUCAAAUGUCAGAGUUUUUGAAUAAUUAAUAGGCCUUGAUUUUCUUUUCCUCCUCUCACUUUUCAAUGAGAUCUGUUGUUCAGAAUUUUAUUUUUAAUAAAAUUUUUCAAAAUGGUGUUGUUUGCAUAAUUUUGAGAGAAAUAGUGAUAAUUGAAAUAAUGGAAACAAAUUUUCUGUAGUGGCUCCAAUAUAUUGUCCAAAUUAAGUAAUGUACACUUAAUAAUGUAAGUUUAAUUCAGUGAAGUGUCUCAAAAUUUCAUAAAUUACAAAGUUAAUUUUUUUUUAAUCUAUCCUUCAUCGUAAAUAUUGAAGCUGAAAAUUUUACUUUCUCACUUACAAUUCUUUCUUUUAACUAAGUAAAAAGUUUCUGUGUGUUUUGUGGGGUUUUCAUAUCAAAAAACAUUUUACGCAAGCCCCAGUGUUUGUCGAUCUGUAUGGUCAAAGCUAGUGGACUGAAUUUUUAACAAAAUUGAUAUUCCCCAAUCCAUGUGUCUGUGGUCAUGUCCCCUUGAAUCCAAAACAUUUAGAUUUUGUGGGGUUAUUUUCUCAAAGCCCCAAUAACUUUUUCUAAAUUACAAUAGCUUUUUGGAUUUUUUCCCCAAAUAGAGCUCGUUCUUGCAUUUGUUAAAAGGACACAAGUCCAAUUUUAGAUGAAUUUUUGAAAAUUGAAAAAGUUCACAUUUUGUCAGUGUUCUCAUACAACCAGUCCCUUCUAUAUCCUAGUAGUAAAUGCUACUGGCCCUGUGCUUUCUAAGACACUGUAUGAAAAAAGUUUUGUGAUUAUUAAUUUUGUGAACCUACUGUAAAAAUGUACUGAAACGCAAGUAUAUGUACAAUGAUGUUAAAGUUUAAUUUUCAGUGCUGACUAAAGACAUUGUUUUAGUUUUAAAAUGUAGCUGUUCAAAAUAUGUUUGUUUGGAUAUAUUGUCACUGCAUUAAUUACAAUCUGAAGAGAAAGAGCUGAU